CAGGCCCCAAAAGCCGCGAAAGAUCAAGAGCCCAUUCCAAGACGGGCGACGAUGGACCAAUACGACCACAUCCGGGUCAUCGGGAAGGGCAGCUUUGGCGUCGUGAGCAAGAUCCGGCGCCAGACCGACGGCAAGGAGCUCGUGUGGAAGGAGGUCGGCUAUGGCCAAAUGACCGAGAAGGAGAAGCAGCUCAUCGUGAGCGAGGUCAAUAUCCUGCGCGAGCUGCGCCACCCACACAUCGUGCGCUACCUCGACCGUGUCAUUGACAAGCAGUCGUCCAAGAUCUUCAUCGUCAUGGAGUACUGCGAAGGCGGCGACUUGAGCCAGCUCAUCAAGCGCAAGCGGCGCGAAGGGUCGACGAUCGAGGAAGCCUUCAUUUGGCAAGUGUUUACCCAGCUGUACAUGGCCUUGAAGGAGUGCCACCGGCAUCGCGAAGGCAAUACGGUCCGGCCUAUCCUGCACCGCGACAUUAAGCCCGGCAACAUCUUUCUCGACGCUCAGAACAACGCCAAGCUUGGCGACUUUGGCCUCGCCAAGGAGCUAAGCAGCGAGUCCAAGUUUGCGCAGACCAACGUUGGAACGCCGUACUACAUGAGUCCGGAAAUGGUCAACGAAAUGACGUACGACGAGCGGUCCGACAUCUGGGCCCUUGGAUGUUUGCUCUACGAGAUGGCGGCGCUCGCACCACCUUUUGAUGCGACCAACCAACUCGCCUUGGCCAAGAAGAUCAAUGCCGGCAAGUUCGCCCGCAUCCCCGAGGCGUACUCGGAAGACCUCUUCCAAGCCAUCAAAUGGAUGCUGCACCGCCAGCGGUCACGCCGGCCACGGAUCGAAGACCUCGAACGGAUCCCGCAGCUGGCGCGUCGUCUGCAGACGUACUCGAUGACCCUGGCCGAAGCGUCGCUUCACGAAACGUACACCGCCAAGAUGAAGGAGCUAAUCGCCAUCGAAGAGGAAUUGCGCCGGCAAGAAGCUGUCCUUCUCGUCCGCGAGAGUCAAGUCAAAGAGGCCGAGGACGAUGUGCGACGACGGGAAGCAGACGUGAAGAAGCGCGAGCGCCUGGUCGAAGCACUCUCCCGAACGUACUCGAACUCGUCGCCCAACAACUCGUCUUGCCACUCGGGCAGCUCGGACCACAGCCCCGUCUGUAGCCAAUGCGGGUCGUCCUCGUCGCCUUACAGCGUCAAUAACAACGACGUGCACUUGAGCCUCCCGACGCCGCCCCGGAAAAGUCGGUCGUACGAGGCGACGUCGCUCAAGGGCACGCCAAGCCGGCACUUUCGCUUUGACGAGUACUCGCCGACCAAGUACACGCCACCACCAACGUCCCGCUACUAUCCCGCGAUCGAGUCGCCCGUGAGAAAGUCACUGGACCGAUAUUACCAGCAGGCGUAGUCGUCGUCGCCCGCAACAGUACUAGUUCUUAGUCCUCGUCGUAGUAACCCGUUAGGCCCGUUUCUUUCUACCCUC